GAAGGAAGGAGAAUCAUUCUUUCUCGCGAAGGAUGCAACCCCUAUUAACCUGCGACAGUCGUCGGCUUCGAAGUUUAGAGAGGGUAACAGGUAAUUCGCGUCGCCGCUCCCCACGGCCUACGUACCUGAGACGGCAGUAUCGCAGAGGACUCGGGACUGGGCCUCGUCUCUGGAUUCUUCUCACCCUUCUACAUAAACAAAUUAAAUUAGCCACACAGACGGUGGAAUCUCUCGACAAACGAGGUAGAGAGGAAGCAAUGGUGGAGCGCUUGCUUGGGCUUCUAAGAGUGCGGGUGCUGAGAGGUGUGAACCUCGCCGUCCGGGACACCUGGAGCAGCGAUCCCUAUGUGGUCCUCCGGAUGGGCAAACAGAAACUGAAGACUCGAGCAAUAAAAAAAUGUAUCAAUCCGGUGUGGAAUGAAGACUUAACUCUUUCUGUUGAAGAUCCUACUCUUCUGGUCAGGCUUGAAGUGUAUGAUAAGGACACAUUCAGCUUUGAUGAUCCCAUGGGCAAUGCGGAGUUUGACAUCGAACGAUUUCUGGAGGCUGUAAAGAUGAAUCCAGUAGGUGUUCCAAAUGGCACCAUUAUAACUAAGGUGGUACCGAAUAGGCAAAAUUGCAUCGCUGAUGAGAGUCCCAUCUAUUGGUCUGAUGGAAAGGUCGUUCAAGAUCUUGUCCUCAGACUCAGAAAUGUAGAAUGUGGUGAAGUUGAGCUGCAGCUGCAAUGGGUCAGCGUUCCAGGUUCCAGGGGCUGAUAACUUUCCAUCUGGUGUUAGGAGAACUUGAAUGUUAUGGAUGGCCUUAGCCUUCAUUGGAACAUCUUGAACAACCUUAUAAGUUAUGUGGGAUGUCCUUUCUGGGUACUCGAGUUUUUGUGUAUGUAAGCACUCCUGGAAUCCAACUCGUUUAGUAUAGCCAUUUUUUGUGCCCCCUCCUUUUUCUCCUUAACUUGCGUUGAACGCUCUUUUAAUUUGAAACAUCGUGUUGAGUGUC